GGGAAAUUUUGAACGAAAUGUGGCCCGAAAAUCGGGACAAAGAUCGAGGGUGAAUGUUCGUCCCUUUGGGAAAGGAGAAAAAAACCCGUACACCGUGAAAUUUCUGAGAGGAGCCUCCCCUGGCGAAGAAGCGGGGAGCCGUUGAGGAAAGAAAAGAGUCAAAAUGGCGGACGAUCAGCAGAAAGGGCUGAACUUAAAAGGGAGCUUUAAAAGGAAAAUAGAACUUCUCCGGACUGAAGAGGACAACUUCCUAAGAAAAAACAAAAUGUCUCCUAAGUCGAAAAAGCUUUUUAACAUAAUUAUGUUAGGAGUUGCUUUUAUGUUUAUGUUUACUGCCUUCCAAACGUGUGGAAAUGUUGCGCAAACUGUUAUCACGAAUUUAAACAACACAAAUUUUCAUGGCAGUGGCUAUACCAGCAUGGCCAUUAUUUAUGGGGUGUUCUCUGCAUCAAAUCUUAUUUCACCGUCAGUGGUUGCUGUAGUGGGACCUCAAUUAUCCAUGUUUGUUAGUGGUCUAUUUUACAGCAUAUACAUUGCGGUUUUUAUCCAGCCUUUCACAUGGUCCUUCUACACUGCUUCUGUUUUCAUUGGGAUAGCAGCUGCUGUAAUGUGGACUGCACAGGGAAAUUGCCUGACGAUAAAUUCAGAUGAAAACACUAUUGGAAGAAACAGUGGAAUCUUCUGGGCACUUUUACAGUCCAGCUUGUUUUUUGGAAAUCUUUAUAUAUACUUUGCUUGGCGUGGGAAAACUCACAUAUCAGAGAGUGAUCGCAGGACUGUCUUCAUCGCUCUAACCAUCCUCAGUCUCGUGGGCACAUUUCUGUUCUUUCUGAUUAGGAAACCAGAGGAGUCAAACACACUGGAGGAGGAAGUCUCCUCCACUGAUGAAAGCAUUGUAGACAACUCGUCUGUCCAAAGCAAAGCAACGAGGGCAGUGGAUGCAUUUAAGAGAUCUAUUAAGCUAUACUUCACCAAAGAGAUUUUGCUCCUUAGUGUUACAACGGCUUAUACAGGUCUGGAAUUAACAUUCUUUUCUGGAGUAUAUGGGACCUGUAUUGGUGCUGUGAAUAGAUUUGGCACUGAAGAGAAAAGUCUUAUUGGACUCUCUGGUAUUUUUAUUGGCAUUGGAGAAAUUUUAGGUGGAGGAUUCUUUGGAUUAGUGAACAAAGAUAAUCGCUUUGGCAGGAACCCAGUUGUGAUGUUUGGCAUUGUGGUCCAUUUUGUAGCCUUUUAUUUAAUUUUUUACAACAUACCAAAUGAUGCCCCCAUUGCUUCCUUCGAAGGAACAGAUAAUAGCGCUUAUAUGAAUCCAAGCAAAGAGUUGGCCAUUUUUUGCAGCUUUCUGUUGGGACUAGGAGACAGCUGCUUUAACACCCAACUCCUCAGUAUUUUGGGGUUCCUUUAUUCAGAAGACAGUGCACCUGCCUUCGCUGUCUUCAAGUUUGUCCAGUCCAUCUGUGCUGCAGUCGCAUUUUUCUACAGCAACUACCUUCUUCUUCAGUGGCAGCUCCUGAUCAUGGCAGUGGUUGGGUUCUUUGGAACAAUCUCCUUCUUUACCGUGGAGUGGGAAGCAGCAGCAUUUGUCGCCCGUGGCUCUGACUACAGGAGCAUUUGAUCCAGGUGCUCCAUCAGCCUGAUGUGAGGAGAUGCAUAGAAAUAUAUUUAUUGAAAUGACUUGAGAAGGUGAAAAGAUAACAUCACAGAGGCCGGGAUGAAGGAAGCCUCUGUUAAAGCCCUUUCAGUGUAACUGAUAGGAACAGUCAUAAUGAAACAUAGAAAAACAAAAUGCCAAAAUGAAAAGGCUCUCUUUCUUAUUUUUAUCGACAUUGAUGUGCAGGGUCACAAAAAUUGCGUAUGAGAAAAUGGAAGGAAAACUGGGGAUCUGUGCAUUGAACAAUUUUAUUCAGAUAUACCCCUUUGCUGAGUGCCUAUUUCUCUUAAUUUCUCUCUUUGUGAUCAUGUACUAUAGAAAUUCUACUUUCAGUCUUCUCAAAUAGUUUUAUUUUUACUUAGAUCCAAGCUCUGCAGACUCUUGUCUUGUAAAAAUUCCUUCUGUGUAUGAGUGAUAUUUUUAAAAUAAGAUACAGUGUGCUGCAGCAUGUCUACAUAUCUGAGAAACCAAUCAAACCCAUGGACUUCUGUGGCAAUAGAGGUGUUCUCAUUGGAAUAUUUUGUGAUGCUGUGCCCCUCCAUCCCUUGGUUCCUAAGUCUAUAACAUUGUUGAUACCCUAUUUUAUAGCUUAACAUUUUAUCUAGGCUCAGUUUUUAAAAAAGAGAGAUCUUAAGUAUUAUGGGCUGACGUGAAGUAUAUUAGAAAAAUUUGGACAAGAUUUUCUUUAUUUUAAGCUUAUCAGAAGGCUAAGUAAAGGCCAAGAUGAUUAAGGGCCUGAACCAGAGAAGUGUGGAACAACUGAAUCCCCAUUUAUAUCAACAGGUAUUGUGAGUGCUCAGCACCUCUCAGGAUCAGGCUGUAGAUUAGGUUGGCUGCCAGAACGUUCUCCAGGAAAAGGAGUCAUAGAGACAUGGCUCUCAGCCUACAAACACUGAGUUCACUGGCUCUACUCAUGCUUAAAGUUACUCAGGUGUACAAGUAUUUACAAGAUCAGGGCUUAGAGUAGUUAGAUGUAUAUGUUAGUAAUGGCAUCUUGUGAUGGGCACAUUUUCCCAUUUACCUCUUUAAAGCAUGGUUAGAGGGGAAAAUGGACUGUAAAAAUUGUCUCUUGUUACUGCACAUACAGUGUCUGCUUUAUGUGCGUCAUCUAAAUAAUAUCUGAAUAGCUGAUUGACAAACAUAUUUUAUUACUCAAUAGACCAUAGGAAGGACAUGCAAUAAUUUAUUCUGCAUCAUCAAAAAAACCUGGCAGCUAAGUUUUGGAUGCAGAAUUAUUAUAAUUGGUGAUAAUGUAUGCACCAGAUACAACGCACCUAGAUUUCAUUUACCUAGUUGAACUUGCAGUGCUUGGCAGUUAGGUUUUGACUAGUAAGCAAAUUGAUCUGAAGCAACUGAGAAUAAAUGUGAACACCGACAUGGAAACUCUUUAGAAACACCUUAUUAGAAACUUUCUUGGUUCUAUUUUUAGCAAAGUACCAUCCUUUGUUAGACUGCAAACCUUUUGGUGAGCACAGUUGGUAUGUUGGCUUCUUGUAUUUAAAGGUGAUUAAGAAAGAUUUAAAUUAUGUUUCAGUUUCUCAUACUAUGUCGUAACUACUUAGGUGUGUAUGGAGGAGAAAUUUGGUAUUGAAUUAGGGGAACCCUGUGGCUUUCUGUAUCUCCAUGCCCCCUCAAAAUGGUGAGUCACGUGAAAUCCUCAUGUGGCACAACCAAGCCUGUGCAUAGUAAAAUGGCACUGUACACAAAUUUAGGGGUAUUGGCUUUGGGUUCACUCCAGGUUUCUGCUGUGAGAUCAGAAAGAUGUUAAUGAGAGAAUUAUUGAAACCCCAAAUACUUAGCUGGGAAGUGGAUAGGUGAGGGAAACGAAAGGAAACCUUAUUGGUCAGCAGGAGUUUCACUGAAUAAAGUGUAAAAGGGAAUGAGAUGGAGAAGGUGAAGAAAGGGGAGAAGAGCUAAUAUAACAAUUAUACUUUGUCAGUCAAACUAAAGGGGAAAUUCAGGGCAUGGAACAAAUUGAAUCAAUGCAUAUGAUGUUGCUGGCUGCACAUUAGUGCCUCCCAUCCACUUCUUUUAUUCAGUAAUUUCAAAUAUAAUAUUUUUAUGUACCAUUCAUGAUGGGAAAAAAAGUAAAGACAUCAGGAAAUCCUUCAGUGAUUAGGUAUUUUCCUACUGCAUUCUUUUUUAUAUUUUCUUCAACGUACCAAAAGGCAUAAAGAACUUUAAUUAAGAAAUAAAGUAUCAAUCUUCAUACUAUUCUGUUCUCCACACACUAGUGAGAGAAGAUUUUAAUUGCUACAAGAUCACAAGGAACAAUUCUGUUUGGUAAUAGGUGGGUGAACAAAUUUGUGCUUAUGGUGAGGAGUGCCUUGCAAAUGCAUUAAAAAUAAUACAGUUUUGUUUUAGAAGGUAAUGAUUCUGAUGAGAUUGCUUUUAGAAAUGGUGCUUUAUUAAUGGAUGUCUGUGUGCAGUGUUGUUCAUAUGGGAUAACAGAAGUAUGUAGAAUGCCUUAGUAAAAUCUGUAGGGAAAGAUUUUCAACUCUAAAUUUUCACAAUUUCAGCAAGUAUUUUGGACCUGAUUUUCAAAGGUGCUGAGUACCCGACCUCCCACUGCUGACAAUUAGAGUUGGGGGUUCUCAGCACCUCUGAACAUCCAGAGCCUUUGUCUUUUUCUAUUCUAUCUGGUUUGACUCAAAACCAGAUGAUGCAAGACACAAGGAAGGCUCAGAAUUACUUAUUAGGUUAUUAAGGUGAACUAAGUUUGCUUUUUUAAGCCAAGUUUGAUAAGAAAAUUACAAAAUUCUUCAAGCCACAUUAUGAAUAUCAAACAUUUUAAAAUUGUAUACCCUACAAAUGUAUGCAGUAUUGUUGUAGCCCUGUUGGUCCCAGGAUAUUAGAGACACAAGGUAGGUAAAGUAAUAUAUUUUACUGGACCAACUUCUGUUGGUGAAAGAGACAGAGCCUGACCUGAGGAAGAGCUCUGUAUAGUUUAGAAGCUUGCCUCUCUCUUUAUCAUGUUUUAAUUCCAAUUUUUCAGAAAAGUAGGGAAAAAAAACCUCAAUUAUUUAGGCAACUGUAUGAUAUAUAGCUACAUCUAAACGUGCAGACUUAUUCCUGUGGAAUGUCAGGACACGAAAAAUACAUUCAGCUGCACAGGAUAAAGCACAUUAGUCAGCUGUUUUUGAUACAAUGAUCAGCAGUAAAUAGGUUAAUAAUGUUGACGUCUAAUUAUGCUCCCAUCUCUGUCAGCAUUUCUAAAGCUCCUAUCACCAUAUCUAAGCACCGGCAGUAAGAGCCAAUUGAAAUGAAUGGGAUAAAGUCACAUCUCUCUUGGCGCUUGAAUCAUUGCCCACUGAAUUCAAUUGUGAUCUUUCCAUUUUUUUCAGUGUGAAUUUGACCAGGGCCAGGCUUUUUGUGAAUUUGUUGUAGUCUGGUUUGCAUGCUCCAAAAUCACUGGUGCAUGGUUUAUAUUGGGAAAAUUAUCUCCAGAAGCAGAGCUAUAGAUUGAACUUGGUUAGCUGCAAGGAAAUAUAUUUGUUUGGUUUACCCUUUACUCUUAAUGCUGUAAUGGUUUCAACUUCCUAUGAUGUCAUGUUGGGAGUCCUCCAAACAAAUGGCAAAAUCCUUUAGGAAGAAAGAAGCCCAAACUGAUAUUCCUAACUUUUUAAUGCAAUUCUCCCCCCACCUCCCUGAUUUUUUAAAAAUAGGCCUUCUUUAUUCAUCAAAAAAGCCUAAGGGUGUAUGUAAAUUUCUCUUCAUUUUGCAGUUCUCAAAAGUUUAGAUUCUUAUGAAAACAGCAAAAUCUACGGAAAGAUGUUUUGCAGUCUGGAUGUCUGUAUUCCUUGUUCAUCACUAAUUGAUGUGUUUAAUUUAUAUUGUUUUAUUUUCGAGUAUAAUCUAUACUAGUAGGUUGGGAUGAAAAGGGAAAAUAUUAUAGUGGUUUAUUUUACAAAAACAGGGCCAAAUGCUCAGCUGGUAUAAAUUGGCAAACCUCCAAUUGACUUUAGUGGAGCUACACCAGUUUCCAUCAGCUGAAGAUCUGGACCGAAAGUUGUAGUGAUCCAUAGCUACUACACUGUUUGAAUGCUGCUAACUAUUCUUACAGAAAUUACCCUAUGAGCUUGUCUUCAUUACAAAAUUAGGUCAUGUUUGAAGAGUUGUGUUAACUAGCACAAUGUUAAACACAACUUUGCAGUCAAUAUAGACAGGGACCAUUUUGUUUAACAUCAUGCCAGCUGGACAUACCCAGCUCGAACCAUAGCUUUAGCUCUGAUCAGCUGGCACAAUGCUAAUCAUGAUUUUUCUCAAUACAAUGAAUGCAAAAUCAUGUUUAACAUGACCCAAUUUUCUAGCAAAGACGAGUCUUAUAAGGCUGUGACUACACUGAUUCUUCUGGAGUUCUUGCAGCUGUACCAGUGCUAGCAAUGGUGGGAGGAGUAGCGGAGACCAGCUUCCAGUGUAUUUUUCACCAUGUCUUCUAGUAGGUGACAUGGUGGUAAAAUGGCAGCCCUAGUAGAAGUUCAGAGAAAACACAGUGUAAGGAACAUUUAAGGGCUAGUCCACACUAGAAAUGCUAAAGCAGCCGGGCUGCAGUGUUGCAGCGGUAGCGCUUCAGCAUAGACACUACCUACACCAAUGGGAAAACCCCUUCCAUUGGUGUAGGUAAUCCGCCUCCCCAACAAGCAGUAACUAAGUCAGUGGAAGAAUUCUUAUGUUAACCUAGCGCUGUGUACACCGGUGGCUAGGCUGGCUUAACUACAUUGCUCAGGGUGUGAAAAAUCUAUGCCCCUGAUUGGCAUAGCUGGGUCGACCUCUUUUUAGUGUAGACCAGGUCUAAGAGAUCUCUGUUUUACAAGACACUCCACAAUGAUACGUGACCUUUUGGUUCAGGGGCUGAGACUCCUGUUUGUUACAAUUUCCGUUAGCACACUCAACUAGUGUCAUUUUAGAAACUGUCUAGCAAUACAGUAAAGCGCUAAUGAGCAAGUAGUAGAAGAAAUAUGCUCAGAGCUAUAGGAGUGCAAUGGAAAGGAUAUUGGAAGCAGAGAGAGUGCGUCAGAAAGAGCAUGCAAGGGGAGAGGUCAGGGUUCAAAGAAAGGGAUAUUUAGGGAAUUGGCUGUUGGCAUUAAUUCAAUUUCUGUUUGUUCUGCUAAAUUAGUUCAGGGUUGACAAGCCCUCCUUCAAGCCAUCUUUUCUGUUUUGUUUACAUUUUGAUGUCAUGCAGAAGUCUUAUUAAAAUUGUUUUAAGCCUUUUUUUUUACAUUAAAAAUGGUGUCUUUGGUAUAAUUGAUGUCACAUUAACUGAAAGUGGAGCCAUGUGAUGACGGUUAUAAUGAAGACACUGAUUGUAUGUGAGUGUUUUGAGUGAAAACAGACUCCUUACUCUAUUUCUUUUGUGGUUACAGCCACACAAAUAAAAGUGAAUCAUGGCCUGUAUUUUUGCUAAUACACUUAUUAAGUUA